UAAAGAUAAAUGGAGAAGGAAAUGCUCGAUCAUGAAAUAGAUGAAGGGGUGGAGAUGAAUGAUAAAUCAAGAAAUGAUGAAAAUUUGAAAGCAGAAAAAGUUUGCAGAAUUUAUCAUUUUGGUAAUGAAAAAACUUCAUCUGGUAACUCAGAAGUGAUUUCACUUGGUUGUGAUUGCAAAGGAGAAUUGGGGUUUUCACAUAGACAUUGUGCAGAGACCUCGUUUGGCCAGAGAGAUAACAGAUUGUGUGAAAUAUGUGGAAAGACAGUGAACAUAACCAGCAAUUUGGAAGACACCUCAAUAUUCAUGAUGGAGCGGAAUGAGAUGAGACUGAUAUCAACAACUUUAGACACUUCUCGAGAAAGUUGUAGCCCAUGUAAGAAGUCUCUAUGCAACUUUCUAAUGGCAUGCUUGGUACUAGCCUUUGUCUUGCCAUGGUUCUUUCGUGAUGUUAUUCUGUAGAGGAGCACUACAUUUGAUGUUUUGGUUGGUGAGGGAGUCACUGGUUGAUCUUUAUAAUAGCUCACAAAUGAUACCGGGACAAGUUCUUUAAGGUUUCAUAUUCAACAACGUAGUAAUUUUCGUAUAUACAGAUAUUGCUUCUGUAAGAAUUGUGAUCCAGCAUAAAUUGAGAAUGGCGUCAACUGAA